AUAUAUAGUUUUUAAACGAGAUUGGAGGGGUUGAUUUUCUACUUUCUCAAAAUAAAAACACUUUUUCUGGAAGAUAGAGUUAACUGCACUUACCGAAGGUAGUCAAAAGACUCAAAACACAAGGAUAUGGUGCAAAUUUUCCAAUAGAAUCAAUUUUCAUGUGGUACACGCGAAGACAGCUUUUUUGCUUCAAAAACCUACACGAAACUGAUCUGCACUCCUCCCUUUCACGCACUCUCUCUGUUCUAUGCAAGAUGGAAGUUACCAGUUAGAUUUCAACAAUGGAAGAUAAAGUAAUGGAGCGUUCGCCAGAUCAAACACAAAUGGAAAACCAAGAAAUUCCCAGAAGAAAGAAGGGUGGUCUCAUUACCAUACCAUUCAUAAUAGCAAAUGAAGCAUUUGAGAAGAUGGCAAGUUAUGGAUUGUUACCAAACAUUAUAUUGUACCUGAUGAAAGACUAUCACCUAAGUGUUGCUGAGGGCACCAACAUUCUGUUCAUCUGGUCAGCUGCAAUCAGUUUCGCGCCUCUUCUGGGUGCUUUCAUCUCUGAUUCAUAUCUGGGUCCUUUCCUAACCAUCGGUUUUGGUUCCAUUGUCUCUCUCCUGAUGAUUCUUUUAUGGUCAACGGCAAUGAUUCCACAAUCAAAGCCUCCCCCUUGCAUUCCAUCAACCCAAAGCUGUAGAUCCCCAACAGCAGGAGAAAUGACUCACCUGCUCUCCUCAUUUGCUCUGAUGUCCAUUGGAGCUGGUGGUGUUAGGCCAUGUUCCAUAGCAUUUGGCGCUGACCAAUUGGACAUUAGAGAUAACCCAAAAAAUGAGAGGCUCAAAGAGAGCUACUUUGGCUGGUAUACUGCUUCUGCAUUGCUUGCUCUUCUUAUAUCAUUCACAGGUAUUGUUUACAUACAAGAUCAUCUAGGGUGGAAGGUGGGUUUUGGAGUUCCAGCUAUCCUAAUGUUCCUCUCUGCAACAAUGUUUUUCAUUGGUGCUCCCCUCUACACCAAGCAAAAACCAACCAAGAGGAUGCUAACGAGCCUUGUCCAAGUAAUUGUAGUUGCUUACCAAAACAGAAAGCUCACGUUAGCCCCUCCAAACUUAAGUGAGUGUUACUAUCAUGACAAGGAUUCAAAGAUUGUUGUUCCAACAGACAAAUUAAGAUUUCUGAACAAGGCCUGCAUCAUUAGAAAUCCUCAACAAGAUAUAGCCCCCAAUGCCUCAGCUAUCAACCCAUGGAGACUUUGCACAAUAGGGCAAGUAGAAGAGCUCAAAGCACUAUUAAGGGUCUUACCAUUGUGGUCUACAGGGAUCAUGCUUUCAAUAAAUAAUAGCCAAAACUCAUUCCCCUUGCUCCAGGCUAGCUCCAUGGACAGACACAUUUCUAAAAAUUUUGAAAUUCCAGCAGCUUCUUUUGGUAGCUCUGGCUUUAUGAUCACUAUGGUGAUAUGGAUUAUUCCUUAUGACCGUGUAAUUCUCCCAAUGGCCUCAAAGAUCAAGCAUAAACCAGUAAGGCUUGAUGUUAAACUGAGAAUGGGAAUUGGGCUAUUUCUUUCCAGCAUGGCAAUGGUUACUUCAGCAAUUGUUGAGAAUAUCAGGCGAAAAAAGCCAAUCCAGGAAGGCUAUUUAAACAACAGUAAUGCAGUGUUGGACAUGUCUGCAAUGUGGCUCAUACCACAAUAUUGCUUGCUUGGCUUAGCUGAAGCUUUUAAUGGAAUUGCCCAAUCAGAGUUCUUUUAUCCUCCCAAAAAGCAUGUCAAAUAUAGCUUCUUCUCUGCCCUUAUUAGGAAUGGCCUUUGCCAUUGGGCUUAUGGUCCUUCCAAUGAACAAGCAACAAGGGUAAGUGGUAGAGGAAGUGCCUUAGAAGAGGAAGAAGAUUUAACUAAUUUAGGGACUAGGAUUCACAGUGAUGGGAUUAGAUUGGAGGAGGGAGAAGAAUGACCCUAGUCCUGAGGGUCUAAUUCGGUGUUUUUCAUCUCAACAGUUUUAUGAUGGGUGCUUUUAAUCUCUGCAUGACUGUUGAAAGUAAACAUAUACAUGGGAUGGAUAUUUACUAGGAUUAUAGAUUACUUGGAGUUCGGAGGGUAGACUCCCUUGGUAGAGUGACCAGACCUACAACUACUGGAUCACUCUUAAUGGUGCAUACUAUGAGUUUUAGAUCCAGUUGUAUUCUCUUUGAGUGAAACUGAAAAAAUAUUGAAGCUUCCU